AUGUCGUCAUUAUCAUUAUCAAAACUUCCACCAAAGUCAUCUGUUUAUUCACAUUCGUCAUCAUCAUCUUCUAUAUGGAAAUCAAAGUUUAUUUGGCGUUUUCCUCCGCCGAAAUUCGAUAAUUUACCUAGUUGCAUUUCAAAACAAUCAUCAACAUCUAAUAUUGAACCAUUAAAUAUUGAUGAUGAACUUAUUAAACGACAAGAAUUAUCUAUUCUUAUUUAUGAUCUUGGUUUACAUUUAAAUGUGUCAUUUACUUGCAUUUAUACGGGUGUUGUUUAUAUGCAUCGAUUUUUUAUGUUACAUCCAUUUCAACAAUGUCUUAAAGAAUCAGUAGCAGCAGCAUGUCUUUUUCUUGCCUGUAAAGCCAAUGAAAUGCCACGACCAUUAAAUGAAUUUACUCGACAUUUAUGUCAACUUGUCAAUCAAAUACAUAAUAACAGUGAAGAAUUUUUAUCUGUAUCUUCAUCAAUAACAACAGUGGGAAAUAUCACACGUGAAAUACCAGAUAAUAAAGAUGGUAGCCAAUGGUUUCAUUUACUUAAUGAAGAAUUUACUGAGAAAUUACUUCAAGAACUUGUCGAUGAAUAUAAAUUAAUUUGUAUGGAAAAAUCUUCAAAAAAAUCUCAAGAACGUUUCGAACAAAUUCGACAACAAACAAAAAUCAAUUGUCAACAAUUGAAAUCAACAUCAAAUUGUAAACAAUCAAAUUCAACAACAUCUCUUCAUGAUAAUGAGCAACAUCAUUAUCCAAUAACAACAACAAGUGGUUCAGUGAGAAGUACAACAUCUUCUUCAUCAUCAAUCCAACAACAACAACAACAACAACAACAACAACAAUCAAAUUUCUGUGAAUAUGGCUCCAUUUCUGCAUCAAUAGAAACUCAUCAUCAUACACCAAAUCAAUCAUCUUUAAUAAAUUAUUCUCAUAGUGAUUAUUCACCAUUGACUGGAGCAAUUGUUGAUUCACCAGCAACAGUUUUUCAAUCAUCAUUUUCACCAAGACAUAAUCAAAAUAAUUUUAGUGGAAAAAAUCAUCCAAAUAAUUCAUCAAUGAGUAUGUCAUCAGCUAAACCAAUUCCAACAUUAAUGACUCCAUUACCUUCAAAUUCAUAUAAUAAUUCUGUUGUUUCAAAUCAUCAUUCACGUUUGUCUGCUCCUAUUUUCAAAUAUCCAUCUUCAUCUCCAACUCAACAUGUUUUUCGCCCGCCUCCACCACCAUUACAUGCUCAACAUUUUCAUCAUCAAUAUUCUUCAAAUUAUGUUAAUACUUCUUCAUAUUAUCCUCAACAACAAACGCCACUUUUUUAUCAUUCACAACAAGAUCCAUCAAAUAUAAAUAAUAAACGAUAUGGUGAACCUCCUGCACCACCAACGAAACGUUUUCGAUAUAAUUUAAAUACAUAUCAACAUUAUUAA